GAGAAAUCUAGGUAGGUAUAUAUUCUCAGACGACAUUGAACUCGAGAUCAAAAGGCACACGAAAAGAGAUAACCCAAUAUCAGUUACAAUGGCAGCCAUCAAGUCCUGGUUUCCGAUCCCAAAGAGUAGCCACUUCUCUCUUGCCAACCUCCCCUUUGGCAUCAUCUCGACAGCCUCGAAAUCAACACCAAGACCAGCAGUUGCAAUUGGCGAUCACUGUCUAGACCUCCAGGAAUUCUCAGCAUCAGGCGCUUUCUCGUCAUUGGGAAUUGACGUAUCAGUAUUCUCCAAGCCAACCCUGAAUGAGUUUGCAGCGUUGGGCCGGCCGAUUCAUCGCUCGGUUAGGAAAUAUCUCCAGGAUGUCUUUGCUGAGAGUACCUCGAAUUCGCAAACAUUGCGAGACAAUAAGACAUUGCAAGCUAAAUGCCUAAUUCCACGCAGCGAAGUCACGAUGCACGUGCCAAUGCAUAUCGGAGACUAUACCGAUUUUUACGCUGGAAAGAACCAUGCCUUCAACGUUGGCUGUCUUUUCAGAGGACCAGACAACGCCCUGCAACCAAAUUACACACACUUGCCCGUGGGUUAUCAUGGCCGCGCAUCGUCAAUUGUUGUUUCGGGGACUCCCAUCACGAGGCCAAAUGGGCAGAUCUUGGAAAAUCCUGCUGCCACCCCUAAAGUUCCAACCUUCAGCCCGUGUAAGCGGCUUGAUAUCGAGUUGGAGCUGGGGGCUUUUCUGUGCAAAGGAAACAAGAUGGGCACGAACGUUCCCAUCUCGGAAGCAGCAGAUUACAUCUUUGGCUUCGUUCUCCUCAAUGACUGGUCGGCGCGUGACAUCCAGGCGUGGGAAUACGUUCCCCUUGGGCCUUUCCUGUCCAAGAGCUUUGGCUCCACCAUAAGCCCGUGGAUUGUUCUGACGGACGCUCUGGAACCCUUCAGAUGUACUGGCAUUCCAAACGACACGCAGUUGCUACCAUAUCUACAAGAGAAGGAGAAGAAGAACGUCUAUGACAUCAAGUUACAGGUCGAUAUCACACCCGAUGGCGGUGAGACAACGACCAUCUUGAACUCGAAUGGACGACACUUGCUGUUCUCCUUUGCGCAAAUGCUCGCUCACCAUUCUAUUGGAGGCUGUCCUAUGGCUGUCGGAGAUAUGUUUGGCUCUGGUACGAUCAGUGGAAACGAACCUGGCACCGAAGGGAGCAUGUUGGAAAUAAGCAAAGGCGGAAAGGAAACCAUUGCACUCAAGGGUGGAGUGGAGCGGAAGUUCUUGCAAGAUGGUGAUACUAUCACUAUGUACGGUGUGUGCGGCUCCGAGGAGACUGGGCUGGUGGGCUUCGGGGAGUGCACAGGCAAGAUCUUACCUGCUCCCAAGAUUUGAGCGCAGGACUGUGAUGUGUAGGUGAUCUCGUAAUGACGGUAGCCACUAGAAUAAACUGAGAUCGGCACAUAUUCGGUGUUUGUCCGAGUGCUUGAUAUGAAAUUACAUCUAUG